AUGCCUUCCCCGCACUGGCUGCUGCUCUCGAUGCUGGCCCUCGUCGGAGCCCAAGAAUACCAUUACCACCGACCGCAGACACCCUUUGGUCCCGAAAGCAACAAGCAUCAGCCCCAACAGACCACCAAGUUUACGGUCCACACUCUAGGACGCACCUAUGGCCUGGAGGCCCAGCGAGCCCCCACCGUCUACGAGGAUCACCAGACCCAGUAUGUCCAGCUGCUGCAGCAGCGUCAGGUGGCGCAGCCUCAGGCUCUGUACCAGGCUCCUCCCCAGCAGCAGGCAUAUCCCUACCCAGCUGCCGUUCCUCAGCAGCAACAGCAGCAGCUGCACACCUCCAGUUACCAGAAUCCCCUGCUGGUGAGCGCCAACUACCAGGCCCCCACCUACUCCCAGGCUCCUCCAGCUCCGGCUCACCCCUUGAGCUACUACCAGCCGCAGCAGACACAGACUCCCAGUUAUUACGGUCCACCCCAGGUGGCUGCCCAGCCUCCUGCUCAGUACGGGCCGCCCCAGUCACCACCUCAGAAACUGUUCUUUGGCAAUCCCUACCCCUAUGCCCCGGUGACCACCGGCUCGGGCCAGCAGGUGCUGGAUGCGGGACACGGUUCCGGCGUGGCACCCAACCCAGUGCAGGUUCAGCUGAUCGCAGCCACGGGCUCAGCACCACCAGCCCUGCGAGUGGGUGACCAGGUGGGACAGGCACAGAGCGCGCAGAUUGACGGGUAUGACUACAAGCAGACCUCUCCAGGGGACACCAGGGACUACCAGCGCUUCGUGACCAACUGCCCGGGCGGCGGUAACUGUGAGCGAAGGGAACUAAGCCCCGGCCAGGUGGACGAGGGCCACAAGCAGGUGGUGCAGCUGGCCAGGGCCAGCACUCAGCCCCGAGUGGAGGGCUGUUUCAAGUCCCCGGUAAUCUAUGUCCCUGCAGGAGCAGCGGUCAAUGCUCAGAACCAGCUGCGGCCCAAGAAUCGCCGCCUCACUGAACGCCAGGAGCAGAUCAUCACCAGAUAUCCCCACAACUAA